CAGAGUCAAAGUUUGAUUCUAAAUUAGGUUAGAAAAAUUCUUAAUUAGUGCGAAGCUAAAAUCCAUUGUCUUGAACACAUAAAUAAAAGUUGCAUGGAGCAACAAUGUUGUUGAAUAAGUAAAACUCAUGUGCGUCACUUUUGCCCUCAACCGAAUAACAGCCUAAUGUUACUCUACACUAAAAUUACACAGACUUUCUUCUUUCUUCAUGUUCUUCAUAAUAUAAACACAGCAGCUUUUCUGCAAAUUUUGGGACUCACAUUUCUCUCUUCCAUCAACGAUUAUUCUUGGCAUGUAAAGCAAGAAAAAGAGAAGAGUAGGGGUGGAGAUGGCAGCAGAAGGAUCAUCAUCUGAGAACAAUGAUUGGCUAGCAGUGAGGAACUGGGGAAACGUACAGAAAGAGCGUGAAAGGGAAAAAAGGCGAAUGCGUGAUCGGGAGAGAAGACAAUCAAUGAGCGAAGAGCAGCGCGAGAGGCAUCUAGCCAGGCGCCGUAGAAACUACCAGCUGAGAAGACAGAGAGCCUCCUUGAUGGCGAGUCGCCCUCCUCUUCCUCCUCCUCUUCCUCCUCAAACUCGCGGAAUUAUUAUUCCUAGAACUAGAAGUAGCUUCCACCAGUGUGAUGAAACCUUUCAGCUUGAGUGUACAAAGGACCAUGAAAGGCUACUUGAGGCAUCAUUAUCAACCAUGUCUAGUUCUCGCCCUGGUGGUGCUGGUCAGGAUGCAAUGACACACGUAAAAUACCCGUACCCGGAAGGACUGCAUUUUUACCAAAUUAAGCAUCUCGCGAGAUUACUAAAUAGCCCAUCCGGUGAGGCUCAUGACCAUAUUCAUCAUGUUGAAGCACAAGUGUCUGCCAAUGCCAAAUGCUGUGAUAGUACUACCAUUUCCAAGUGUACACUAUGGAGACGUGUACGGUUAAUAGAUUUGAAACGUCUAGCACGAGCCCUCAACUCUGCUCCCAAAGGGGAAAAGGUUGAGCUCAUGGGUCAUAUGCAGAUUAUAUGUGGCAAAUCGGUGGAUGAGCCUAUCACUGAAGUCCAACAAAUCAAUGCAUAUUCAGGUGUCUUCGCCCCGUGAUAGAGCAAUGAAGUAUUAGCAUUGGGAAGAAAGAUGAGCAUUUUCUGUUUUAAGUUCUUGACACACACAAACGGAAAAUUAUAUGGUACACCCGGUUGAACCAGGAGUAAUCAUUUGUAAAUUUGAGUCAAUUCUUAUGCUUUUAUGUGCUUCCCGGAUCAGUUCGAAUUUCUCCCUCGUCUCUUUGCUCCAGCUUACCAGCUACUAAGCAGACUGCAGUCUGCAGCUAGCUUGUAUGUUAGUUACUCCGUACAUACCACAAUGCUUUCUCAAACCAAAUUGGAGACCACAAGUCAAACAUUCCCUAUUGGUCAAUCAAAUCGCACCACUUCUUCAGCCCUUCAACCUCAACUCUUUCAAACUUCUCUUUUACUUCUUUUUUGUUUUUCUUUAUUUCAAUAGUUAUCAAACUCUAUUCAUAUCUUAAUUAUCCAAUUUCUGAAAAAAUUACAGGGAAUGAUAACUUGAUCUCUUUCUUUCGCAAAUAGUAAUCUAUUCCCUACCAACUGUUCGGAAAAAGUUCAAAGUGAAUUUUCCUUCAUUUCGUGAGUAAAUGUUUAUGGCUUGUUACACUUGAUUAAAGUACUGACGGUGUGUGAUUUUUUAAGUAGUAGUUCUUUGUUUU